UUUUCUUAAAACUCGAGAAUGCUUCAGUCUUCCAUCGGAAACUUAUCAUCAUGCAUCGAUCGCUACCUAUUCUCUUUAAGCUAUGAUACGUCCAUUCAUUUCGCCGAAUUUCAGCCAGCUGGAAGCUCUCCUUGAUGCUUAAUCUCCCUCCCUUGCUGACCCUCCAGCGCGCGCUGCACUGACCGACCACUCAAAGUCUUUUUGUGCUACACCGUGCCAUCGUCACUCCCUGCCAGGCCAUCAUAGGCUUAGUCUGACUGAUUGCGCUAGAAACUCUUCACGUUGAUAGUGAUUUGCGGAUACAGAGAUACUGUACCUACUCUCUGCCAUCACCAUGGCUGCUCCUAUCCAUACCUACGGACCUUCAUGCUUUCUGGCAGCCGAUGACCCAAAUCCAUCUUCGUGGUUCACCUCAGAAACCCCCCCAACUGCCAGGCCGCAGUUCUUCUACAGCUCUCCGCUACCGAUAGAUGACCCGUUGACUGCGCUACCACCCUCAACUGGCGGUCAAGGAUCCGCCCAUGCGAAAGCUCCGCUUCAACCUUUCUCGGUUCGGGAUAACGCUGCUUUGGAAGAUGCCUGGAGGUCAAUACAGAGAGGCAGGAGGGAGAGUCUGGUCGGGAAGGCCAAGGCACAGGAAGGCCGCUCCAAGAGAAAUUCGGGAAUAAUUGUGCCGGGACGUGAACCUGUGCCUAGCGCAGAAAGGAAGAAAAAGGUGGGGAUAUCUGGCAGCUCAAGCUUGGAGGACUCUCCAGGAAAACAGACCACUACUGCUCCCCUGUCCCUGGAUGACAAGGCAUUGAAAAGCUUCAGAGGCCGGUUCAAAGACGAGUUUGGAGGUCCCGAGGGGGAGCAUCAAGGAACUCGGAAGAGGUCACGUACGCUUGACACUAACUCAAAGGAGAACUUGAGGCCCAGCAAGGUCACUCACAAGGGCAGAGAACCGUAUCCUCGCGAAGAUAUCGAAGCAGCAGAAACCAUGAUCAGCGGGUCGCCACGGGCGGAGGACAAUAUUUCUGACGGUAGGGAGAGUGUCAGCUCUCGGGGCAAUACUUCUCGGGAUGCAAGUAUCAGUGGCUCUCCUUUCAUCAGAGCCCCCAUCCACAAACCACAAAGUCUACUGGGGAGAUCGGUCGAGUCGACCUUGUCGAGAGACGCCAACCCAGACUCGCCAACGGAUGCGAACUCUCACACUACGGCGAAGCGCUCCGGGCUAAGGACAAGCAUCGAUCGGCGACCCUCUGGGGAAUCUGAUGAACAUCUUCAAGAGUCUGCGGAAAUCGAUGAAACACAGUGGAAGAUCCCUGUGGGUGCAUCCCGGCUUCACCUUGUGGAACUGCCCAAGUUGAAGAUGAAGCCGAUAUACUGGAGCCCGUUGCACGACAUAUCGAACGUCAUUCGUGCGACAUGGUUCUAUAGAAACACCAUGUUGCCAGUCGAGACUGAGCUCGCCAACAAGCUGGAAGAUGGGUAUCUCUACCUGAAACCGUGGACUGAAACAUGGCAGGACGAACUUAAUAGCUGUGUCGAGAACGGCGCUGACGCGGAGCUAAAGGUAGUGCACCGGCUUUGGCCGAAGGAGGACCCAACACGGCCUUCGACAACUGCAGCUGCUCCCGAGGUGUCGGCAGCUGUUUCUCAUUUAGUGAAGCGUACUGAGGAUCCUGAGACCGAGCCUUUUAUCCUUGACGAGAAUCGUGCUGCUGGUGGCACCCCGGCACACUCCGAAUCUGUCAAGCCCUUCUUGAACUCGAGUGUCAUCUACUCUAAUUGGAGGGAGGCACAGAUUCUGCGACCCAGUCUUCUUCCGUCUGUUUCGCGGGGCCGAAGACCGCUCAGUGCGAUUCGUAAGGGCAGACAGAUUGGAAUUCCUGUAGUCCGCGGUUUCAGUCGGCGACUGUGGGACCGACUACAUCCUAGCAAACCGAGCCCUGUAGAAGUCAGGAACUACCUUCGGAGCACCCAGACUAGAGCUAUGUCAACAUCCGGAGAACAGGUUUGUUAUGCCUGCGCGAUAGAAGAGCUGCGGCCGGCCCCGACCGAUCUGGUCCUUGUCAUCCACGGUAUAGGUCAGAAGCUAUCUGAACGAAUGGAGAGCUUUCACUUUACGCAUGCGAUCAAUGCAUUCCGCAGGACCAUCAACAUGGAGCUGAAUAGCGAGCCCGUGUGGCCACACGUACGAUCCAGACACGGGGGAAUCAUGGCCUUGCCUGUGAAUUGGCGCUCAACGCUAUCCCUGGAUGAGGCCAAUCUCGAAUCGCCUGCAGCAGGAGACCCAGCCUCCAACCACUAUUCCCUCAAGGACAUUACCCCGGAAACUAUUCCCGCUGUACGAUCCUUGAUCAGCGACGUCAUGUUGGACAUCCCGUACUACCUUUCACAUCACAAGCCUAAAAUGAUCCAAGCCGUCGUCAAAGAAGCCAACCGCAUCUUCCGACUCUGGUGCGAGAACAAUCCGGGAUUCCAACAGAACGGUCGCGUCCACCUCCUAGCCCAUUCCCUUGGAAGUGCAAUGGCCCUGGAUAUCCUCAGUCAUCAACCGACCAAGAUCCCUCGCUUCGAUUUCUCCACAACGAGCGUACAUGGAGACAUUUUUGAGUUUGACACGAAGAACCUGUUCAUCUGCGGCAGCCCAGCUGGGUUCUUCCUGCUGCUCAAUAAGGCGAACCUCCUCCCCCGACGAGGCCGCGACAAACCCGGCUGCGAAGGCGAUGACCGACUCCGCGGCGUCGCCGGCGAAGCUGACACCUACGGCUGUUUAGCAGUUGACAACCUCUACAACAUCAUGCACACCACAGACCCAAUCGCCUACCGCGUCAACGCAGCCGUAGACCGCGAUCUCGCCGCCUCCCUCAAACCGGCCUCCAUCCCCACCACAACCUCCACCCUCUGGUCCUCCUUCAGCAGCGUCUUCCGCUGGAGCAAUCCCGCCCCCACCCACUCCCUCCCCCAAGCCACCCGCCCCGCAACCAUCACCAAGCUUCCCACGCAAGUCGAGCUGGAAACCCACGACUUCACCCGCGAAGAGAUCGCCGAGAAACGCAUGCUCCUGCUCAACGACAACGGGCAGAUCGACUACUUCCUGUCCGGCGGCGGCGGGCCCCUGAACAUCCAGUACCUGAACAUGCUCAGCGCGCACAGCAGUUACUGGACGCUGACGGACUUCGUGCGCUUCGUCGUGAUCGAGAUUGCGAGGAAGCAGGGCAGGGAUGCCACGUUGCCUGGCUUACGGGCGGAGAAGAAGAAGGGGUGGCGGGUUAUUAAGGGGUAAAUUUACCUGCUGCUUUCUUUAGAGGGGAUGUUGGGAGCGGGAGGUUGGAGGGUUGUUUGGGGUUGGGUAUGUGGAUGAAUGGAGCGCUGGGGUUUGGUGCUUGCUUGUCUUGGAAGGGCGGAGGUGGAGGUUUUUGAUACCCUUUUGUCAUCAUUUUUUGCCUUUCUCUCUCGUUG